ACUCAUCUGUCCAAGAGAACUAUCACAACGGCUGUGUGCUGGAACUCUUCCUCUGACUCCCUGUCUGCUUUCUCUUUCAAACGUUUCUUCAAUGGAGGCUGCAAUCAACACUCUGGUGUCUCAGUUUAAGGCCUUUGCAGGGAAGGAAGGCUCCAACCACACAUUAAGCAAAAAUGAGUUACAGAGCCUGCUGACCUCCCAGCUGCCACACUACACCAAGAAUGCCAGUGACUCAUCAGUCACUGACCAGCUCAUGAGCUCCGUAGACAAAAACAAUGACGGAGAGCUGAGUUUCCUGGAGUUCUGGCAGUUUAUCGGCCAACUAGCAAGCACCCAUGGGGGUUUUAACAAAUAGCUGCUGUUUCUAUUGUUCUCUUUUAAAGUGAUUUCAAAAUGAUUCUUAAAACAGAGUGUUUUCUAUCAGAGAGAGGUUCCUUUUAGGAAUCUAAAAAAGUCUAACUAUCCAAAGAACCCUUGAAUAAUCUUGUGAUCUUAUAUCUAUGUGCUUAGAGCUGUUGCUUAACAUGAAGGUGGACUGGUUCUGUAAGUUACAGUCUCAUUAAUUGCAAUGCACAUGUUCUAGUUAAGUGUAUUUUGGUAUGUUGAGUAUUUUAAAAAUGUGACUCCCCUCACUAUCUCUUUCACACUGUCUCUUCACUGUGUGUAAGACAUAUAUAAAUAUUUCAAUUCAAA